AUGGCGGCGAGGUCCGUCCAGAGAUCGGGUGUGCUCAUGUCGAUGCGUUUUGUGAUUAUGGCUGUUGCGGUGCUCGCGGCCGGUGCCGCGGGUUUCCUGGCGAUGAACAUGAUGGGAGCGUCCGGCCCGACCGAGACUGUCGUGGUCGCGCCCUCCGCCCCGGCCAUCGAGCUCGACGAGGUUCUGGUCGCCACCGAGACGCUGACGACCGGCGCUCGGGUGGAAAACCGAAUCCGCUGGCAAGACUGGCCGACCGGCGCGCUCUCGCCCGACUUCAUCACCCGCUCGAGCCGGCCCGACGCCAUCAGCGAACUCUCUGAUUCCGUCGUUCGGGCCACCAUCUCUCAGGGCGAGCCGAUCCGCCCGAUCAAGCUGCUGGGCGCCGAUCAGAGCUUCAUGUCGUCCAUCCUGCCGGCCGGCAAGCGCGCCGUGGCCACCGAGAUCGCAGCCGACACAUCGGCGGGCGGCUUCAUCCUUCCGGACGACUAUGUCGAUGUCAUCAUGGUCAGCCGGGAGAACGAUGGCGGGUUCCGGACGGAAACGAUUCUGAACUCCAUCCGCAUCCUGGCCAUCGACCAGACCAUUCGCGAGGAUGAGGAAGGCCGGCUCGUCCAGGUUGGCCAGACCGCCACAUUGGAACUGACGCCCCAACAGGCCGAGAUCAUCACCGUUGCGCGACAGAUGGCCGACCGGCUGACGCUUGCGCUGCGCUCGGUGAAGGAUGUCAGCCCGGCCGAGGCCGAGAACGCCGCCGACCAUCUGAUCGGCGCGGGUCCGGGCGGAACGAUCACCGUCAUCAAGGGCGGCCAGAGAGUGACGUCAGCGCCAUGA